AUGGGACGCGCCAUAUUCGUGUCGCACCAGUGGCUGGGACAAGACCAUCCCGAUCCUGAAUUCAAGCAAACCAGGGUACUCCAGGAAGCGCUGCAGAACCUCCUCUCAGGUGCCAGCAGGGUUUCCAUCGACGUCACCACUGAAGUGCUCUUCGGACAUCCUCACGGCUACUCCAACGCGGACAUCAGUGAGAAGCGGCUCUUCCUUUGGUACGACUUCUUCUCCUGUCCCCAGCAUGGAGCGACACCGGAUCUUUCCCAAACUCCACCAGGUCUCCAGCUGGCCAUCGACAGCAUCCCGAUCUACGUGCAGCGCUGCGCUCUCUUCGUCAUCCUGUCGCCCUCGGUCCGGGCGGGUGAGGAGGACCGGAUCUUAAAUUACAAGAGCUGGGGGCAAAGGGCCUGGUGCCGCACGGAGAGUCUCGCCCGUGAGCUGUGCCCGGCACACGACAACCUCAUGAUCCGGGUGGAGAGCUCCAGGCACAUUGCCCUGGUAACCACCUUGGAGAAGAACUCGCCCGGCGCGGGGGCCUUCAGCUUCGAGUGCGACCGCGAGAAGGUCGCCGGAAUUGUUCGAAACUUGGUGAAGCAGAAGCUGCUCUACUGCCUGAGGAAGGGGGACUUGGUCAGCUACCGCUUCCUUCUGAACGAGCAGGUCCGGAUGUUCCGAAGUCUCCCCCUUGAGCCCUUCGAGGGUCUCAUCCCCGGCUUUGAGCUCCAAGCAGAGGGGGCCUCGGAGGACUGGAAGCUCGAGAGCUUCCUCUACCAGAUGGGUUUCAGCCAUAUCGCUGAGCGUGACGCCGGGGGCUUCUCGCCCAUGUGCUACGCGGCCGUGCGUGGGGAUCCGCUGCUCCUCGAGUCUCUGCUGAAGCAGCGGGCAGAUCCGAACGACAGGAUCUGGAAGACUUGCCCGAAGUUGGGCAUCAGCCGAAACACCUCCCUGUUGGCCGUCUGUGCCUUCAACGGCCACAAUGAGUGCCUUCGACUUCUGAUCGCACAGCGGGCCGGCGUCGAUGCCCAGGAUGUGAUCAAGACACGCCCCCUGCACGCAGCCUGUGGAGCCAACAAUGCGGAAGCUGUGCGGAUGCUGUGUGCCGUGGGCGCAGAUCUAAGUCUGAAAACUGCGAGAUCCUGUCUGAGCCUCACACCCUUUGGCACUGCCUGUGCCAUGGGCUCCGUGCAGACUAUGAAGGUCCUUCUGGCACAGGCGCCACAGCCACUGAAGCUGAUGCUGUACCUCAUGAUGGCCUUUCAGAAUGCCAGUGUGGAGUCGGCCGCCACCUUGCUCCAGGCUCGGGCCGAUGUCAACGAGCGAUUCUCCCCGAAGACGGGCUCGACCUUGUGGCUGGUGAAUGCGGCUAUGCGGGUGAAGCACCGCUGGCGGCCUACAACCUUCACCUCGAUAGCCGUGAACAGCUGGGGUGCUACGCCGCUGAUGGUCAGCAUCGUGGCCGGCCUCUUCGAUGUUGCUUUCCUGAUCGUGGCCCGGGCCGAUUUGGAGAUCCGGAACACCCGUGGAAAGACGGCCUUGAUGCUGGCUGAAGAGAUGCAGGCACCGGACUUCCUUAGAGCGGCCUUGUCAGGUAAAGGCCGAGCUGACCACCUGGCCCAUGAAAUUGCGGGUGGACCCACAGGAAGCGCCACCCUCAACAUGCUGCCGCAUGGGUCCCUGGUGACGCUUGAGCUGUAA